UGGCUGAAGGUUGGCAAACUCUCGCUGUCCAAACAGUUGUCCGCAAAGGCUCGACCCCUGAGGGCGAGCGCUCAUUUUCCCUUCCUCGAGAGACACCGCACAAAAUAUCGUCUGCACUCCUGUCACUCAAGCCCGCCUCCCCUCGCCCAGAAUACCACCUAUUGGAUACAGUCUAAGUGUAGGGUCUUGUUAAGAGGCACUCGAAUGAAUGGGACCCGGCGAUCACAUGAGCCCCGGACUAUAGAGGCCAGCUCGUACCCUUUGUGUAUGGUAGCCAGACCUUCAACAAAUAGCAGGGCUCGACGUAUUUUCGGUACUCUCCAGUUUGGAACGCAGUCUGGCCGUACUACAGGGGGCGUUUUUAGUACACGGUAGUAGCGUACAAGCCCGGUCAAGUCCCCCUGGGGUUCGCUUCACCUGAGCGCGUCUCUAUGCUAAUGUCAGUCGUCAGUCUUGGGCCCUGAAUCCCGCAUCGGACGCGUUUGCCCGAACAAGAGUUAUGUACGAAGAUGGGACCAGCUCGUCUGGAGCGGCCGGGAGAGUGAGGAUCGGCGGGAGGACACCAAGAUGAGACCGAGGGGAUUUUACCUUUUUCUCGGAGCCGUUCUGGGACUUCUCGGGCCUUCCUAUCAUGCACAGGCGUCCGAGGGCGGAGAUGUUCUAGCCGAGUACAAGAACACGGUGCCAUUAGCCUCCGCUCAGACGGCGCCGCCAGGUAACGGGAACCCGGCAGACUACGCCGGGACGGAGGAACGACAGAUUACCGGGACCGCUGAUCUUGAGAAAGAAGAAGACGACGAUGAAGACUCCUUCUGCGGGUUUGACUACACCGUGGACCGGUCGUUGGCACCUACCGAGCCCGGGCGGCAGCGCAGACAGAUCGCGAUGUACGGAAACAAGUGGGGUAAGAAGCACCUGACGUACCGGAUCAUCAACGCUCCCCAGGGUGACGACGCCGAGCGGUACCGGGUCCAGAACACCAUCACGCGCGCUCUCAAGCUGUGGAGCGACGCUUCGCCGCUGUCCUUUUACCAGGCUAAGGAGGACGAGGAGGCCGACAUCAUGGUCAAGUUCACCCGCGGAGACCACAGCGACGGGUACCCGUUUGAUGGGAAAGGUGGAGUGUUCGCCCACGCGUUCUUCCCCCAUGACGGCGACGUCCACUUUGACGACGACGAGCCGUGGGCCCUGGACAACUACGUGGCGACCUCCCGCAAGGACCUGUACAUCAUCGCGGCGCACGAGCUGGGCCACAGCCUGGGCCUGGGCCACUCCGACGCCUGGGGCGCGCUCAUGAGACCCAAGUACACCGACGUCAAGUGGAUGAAGACCAUCAGCGCGCUACCACCAGAAGAUAGGAACGCCAUACAGGCCAUGUACGGCCCGUGUCCGCGGCUGGAGUGGAACGUGCGCUACAUGCUGGAGUCGUCCCGCCGGUCCGGCCGCGCUCCCAAACAGACACGGCCCAACACGUGCUCCGCGCCGUACGACGCCAUCUUCAGAGGUCCGGACAGAAAAACGUACGCCAUGCGAGGCCUGUACUACUGGCGUCUGAACGAUGGGAACGAGAUCGGGCGGCCCAUGCCGCUCCUUAUAAGGCACCGCUGGCCCGGUCUCCCUGGCAACAUCAACGCAGCCGUGACGUCAGCAUAUACCGGCAGGACGUACUUUUUCAAAGGUAACCGUAUAUGGAGAUUCAAGGACAGCAUCUUGGAUGAAUACUUUCCGAUCUCCCACAACGAGACCGGCUUGCCUAGAAGUCCUGACGCGGCGUUCGUCUGGGGUCCCAAACACAAAAUCGUUGUCUUCAAACGAUCCAAGUUCUACAUUUGGAACGAGUUCAACCGGAAGGUAGAACCGGGAUAUCCCAAACUCAUCCGGAAGUUCUUCCCCGGACUGCCCAACAAUAUCGACGCCGCUUUCCAGUGGAAGAAUAGACACACUUUCUUUUUCAAACAGGGUUACUACUGGAGAUAUGACGAUGAGAUAGGCAGCAUCGCCAAGUGCUACCCACGCCCUGUGGCUCUGUACUGGAGCGGAUGUGGAGGGACAUCAUGGGAGCGGAAACAGUUAUAAAACAGGAAAUGACGUCAUUCUUCAUCACAGAUCAUCAGAAAACUUCAUCUUGAACCAUUUCAAUUUUUUAUGGCGAUGAAGAUUCAUUCAUGACAUUGAUAUCUACGAUAAGUAACCUUGUUUGAAAAUCUAUGAAGAAGUCAGAAGCAGUUGACCUUGCUGUAUGCAGCUUUGAACUUGAACGCAAACAAACUUGAAUGAUCCGCCAUCUUGACUGGUGUUUUGUGAUUAAUGUUUACAUUAAUGUAUCGUAUUAUAAAGUUGAAAAUCCAAAAAAAAAAAAAUACAUUGGUGGCUUGAAUGGAUAAGGAUGGAUUCAUAAAUGAAUUUACUUUUUUAUAUUGGCCAAGGCAUGUGAGAUACAUGACUGUAUAUUGUAAUUGCAUUACAAGUGGCAACUGGAAAGAAGUCCAAAGCUGUUCUGUAGCCUAAUGUCGACCUAAUGAUGUACUGACCACGUCAUCUGCUGUUCUAUGAAUGGUUCAGCUGAUACAAUAAGUUAGAAUACAUCCUACAAAGCGUGGUACAUUGCAAACGUGUGUAGUGACAUUGCGUGACUUCUACUGCUAGUCAAACUACCAAGUAUUCGCAUCAAUGAAAUUCAUGUAUAAAAUAUCCCCUUAUUAGUAAUAAUCUUCUGAUAGUUAAGUUGGGGGCAUCUAUUGCCAAUAUGCUGCUGGAAUCGUAUAUAAGCAUCUAAAAGUGUAUUAAGCUUUAAUGGACAGAUCCUGUCGAACGCUAUAUCGAACAAAUAGAACCCCCUAUUCUAUAUCGAACACCUCCAUCAAAAACUGCCACAUUGGACAGAAAUGGCUAUUUUUGACGGAGGUGUUCGAAAUAGAACCAUGAUCGAAUAGGGGGCGGGGUUUUGGGAUCGGUCCAUAAUACUGUACGCCUACGGGGAGUUGCAUGAGAUGCUGAAGAAGGGGGAGGGGGGCGUCCUCAAAAUUCGUUUUCUGUGGAACCCAGCGCGGUAUCCUGGUGCACGAAUUGGAGUCGAAUUAAAUUCCAACAUGCUCUAAACUACCAUACCGUAUAUAUGGUACUGUUAGCUAUCUCCUACUAACUCUGCUAUGUUAUUUGUCUAGUAUGGUAAGGUGAGGCUCAUUUAAUAGGAAUAUGCUGAUGAAGGUUGGACAUCCAGGUAAUAAGAUAAGCCAAAAAGGAGAUACUCAUGCAACUGGAUAUGAUUUUGC